AUGUUAGAUCCGAGCGUGGUUCUCGCAUACGCACUAUCGACACUCAAAGUCAAACAUGUGGUCGUACUGGGGCAUUACGGAUGCGGAGGCGUAGCUGCCUUCAAGUUUAUGCUCCCGUUCCAGUCCCCACUACAAUCACCAACUGUAAGAUGCGGAGAAGCAAGGACUGCAGUUCAGUCCUGCAAAUUUGGCGGUCCAGAGCUGGAUACAUAA